CCUGGCGUGCCCUUGCUCUCACAGAACCGUGCUUCUGCAGGCCGAAUUUGGGGUACACCAAGCUCGGCUACGCGGGCAACACUGAGCCACAGUUCAUUAUCCCAUCAUGUAUUGCCAUCAGAGAGUCUGCAAAGGUAGUCGAUCAGGCCCAAAGGAGGGUGCUGAGAGGAGUUGAUGACCUUGACUUUUUCAUAGGGGACGAAGCCAUCGAUAAGCCCACCUAUGCCACGAAGUGGCCCAUUCGGCAUGGCAUCAUUGAAGACUGGGAUCUCAUGGAAAGGUUCAUGGAACAGGUGGUUUUUAAAUACCUUCGAGCUGAACCUGAGGACCAUUACUUUUUAAUGACAGAACCUCCACUGAACACUCCAGAAAACAGAGAAUACCUUGCAGAAAUCAUGUUUGAGUCGUUUAAUGUGCCAGGACUGUACAUCGCAGUUCAGGCAGUGCUGGCUCUGGCGGCUUCCUGGACAUCCCGGCAGGUUGGCGAGCGCACGCUGACGGGAAUAGUCAUAGACAGUGGAGAUGGUGUCACCCACGUUAUCCCAGUGGCAGAAGGUUAUGUAAUUGGAAGCUGCAUCAAACACAUCCCCAUAGCAGGCAGAGAUAUUACGUAUUUCAUUCAACAGCUGCUAAGGGAGAGGGAGGUAGGCAUCCCUCCUGAGCAGUCACUGGAGACCGCAAAAGCCAUCAAGGAGAAAUAUUGUUACAUUUGCCCUGAUAUAGUCAAGGAAUUUGCUAAGUAUGACAUGGAUCCCCGGAAGUGGAUCAAGCAGUACACGGGCAUCAAUGCGAUCAAUCAGAAGAGGUUCGGUAUAGAUGUUGGUUAUGAAAGGUUCCUGGGACCGGAAAUAUUCUUCCACCCUGAGUUUGCCAACCCGGACUUCAUGGAGUCCAUCUCCGACGUUGUUGAUGGAGUCAUACAGAACUGUCCUAUAGACGUGCGUCGUCCGCUCUAUAAGAACAUUGUGCUUUCAGGAGGGUCCACGAUGUUCAGGGAUUUUGGACGCCGUCUGCAGAGAGAUUUGAAAAGAGUGGUGGACGCCAGGUUAAAGCUCAGUGAGGAGCUCAGUGGCGGCAGGAUAAAGCCGAAGCCUGUGGAGGUGCAGGUCAUAACACAUCACAUGCAGCGCUAUGCCGUGUGGUUCGGAGGCUCCAUGUUGGCCUCGACUCCCGAGUUCUUUCAGGUCUGCCACACAAAGAAGGACUACGAAGAGUGCGGCCCCAGCAUCUGCCGCCACAACCCCGUGUUCGGAGUCAUGUCCUAGUGUCUGCCUUGGAACUGUUGUUUGACCAUGUCGUGUUGGGGAACAAGUGUCCUUCAGAGCCCAGAGCAGCCGCGGCUCCUGUAGAUAGCGGCGUGUGGUGUUGGUGUCCGAGCAGUGUGCUUGCAUCGCCCAGUGCAUGGGGCCCGUGCAGUCUUUCCAGUAAAGCCAUUACCCAGGUGCCACUGCUCCCUGCCCUCCCAUUUUCCCUUCCCCUCCUUCUCACCCCCACCCCCAUUUUCUCUCCUCUCUCCAUCUGAGCUUCUAGUUGACAAAUUAAGCUCCGAAGGAAUUCAUUGCAACUUGAAAAACUGUUACAGGAAGACAAGAGGAAAAAUAGUUUUCCCAGGAAAGAAUGUGGGGUGGAGCCCUCGCUCUCCCAGCCUAUUUUUGUAAAUAAAAUGUUAUAAACUUGAAAUACAAAUCAAUGUUUAUAUUUCCUAUCAUUUUGUAUUUUAUGGUAUUUGGUACAACUGGCUGAUACUGAGCACGAGCAGGUGUUGAUGUCAUGGACUUCUGUGGUAAAGUUUUACCUUGUGAGGCAUGUUCUAUUUAUAGGCAGACAAAACCCAGCAGACUUUUUGCCAUGUUUGUUAGAAAGUGAUUACACAGUAUUGUGGUGACCUGAAGUCUGGACACUAAGCAGUACCAUGUGGGAGUUACCGAAGACGAGUCUGCUAGUUUUUGUCUGAGCUCUCUGAAACUGUAGAAGAUGAUGAUGGUUUGAUGUUGCUGAGUGUUGGAUGAAAUUUAUCUCGCAGCAUUGUAA